AUGUGUCUGUUGCUGCUGUUGGCAAAUCUGCUCCUUUGGGAGAAUGUGUGCUCCACACCAGAUGUCUUGUCCACUAAAGACCUGUAUGAUCAUGUGGUUGAACAAUCUCAUACCAACUAUGACAUGUCCGCAGACAUAUACCACGAAUUUAAUGUAAAGUUUGCUAAAGCAAGUUGGUUAAAUGAAAAGGUGCCCAUCGAGUGCCACACUGCAUCCAUCACGACUCCAGAGAAUAUUAAGCAAAUCCGUGAAACAAAAACAGAAGACCUUCUGAAAACAGUCAUAGCAAUGUCCCGUGCCUGGGACUAUCCUCUGAUACACCUGAUACUUGCCACGGCUGCUCUCCCAACUGAGUCUAAUGAAAUGAUGCAAAGAAUCAGUGAUGUGAAGCAUGGAAUUAUAGAACUUUUGAAGGGACUUGAGAUCCUACUGAGCAGGACCCAGCCUGGAGCUAUAGAAAAUUUUCCUCCUCAUUGGUCAGGACUGAGAGAACUUCAGUCAUCUGAUGAAGACACUCACCUUUUUGUUAUGUAUAACCUCUGCCGUUGCCUGAAAAGGGACACACAAAAGGUUGAAAGUUACCUCAAGGUCCUGAAAGCCCGAGUCAUCUUUAAGGAGAACUAUUAA